AUGGCCCAGAGCGGGCCGUCCGCUAACCAGUCAAAAGUGAGGUCCUUCAAGUCAGCCCCUAGCGUCACCCAGUUCCCGUCAUCACCUUCCAAGAAGAAAUCGGCGGUGUACUGCGUGGACGAAGAGGGGGGUCCUCCCAGAAUAAUUCCUCAGCAAACAUUGGAUGAAGAAAGCGAUGCCAAAUUAUUUACCGCCAAGAGAAUGUUGAUCGCUGUGUGGAUGUGCGUCGGGCUGAUGCCACUGCUCUUGCAGACGAGAAGUUACCUGAAAUUCGUGACACCUCACAAGAUUUCACAAAACCUGAUCGUCCCGACAACUGCGGCGAAACUUACUGAGGACAUGGAGAAGUUUUGUCCGAUGGAAGGGCUUGUGAUUGCAGGUGCUUGGUGGAAUGUUGCCCUUACGCACUACCACAAGUUGGAUGAGGGCAGAGUGUGUCAUUUCGUGGUGCCCCAGUACAAUAUCCACGGCAACUACGUACUUGGAACCAAGCUAGUCGCACCAUCGAAGACGAGUCCAGCUAGUUGCUCGGGUAACAGCUACUAUCUGGAAUAUUACUUCUACCACGGGAGUAUCGGCUAUUAUGCUUUUUACGAAGAAGCCGUAGGUACACUGUGUGCCGACGAUAAUAUUGGUUACGUGCUUGUCGGCGGCCUUGGAACCUACGACAGCAAUGGUGCGCAUUUGGCCAUGGAUUCGGGCGAUUCGACGUAUCGAUUGUCGUAUUGGUAUGGUAUGUUUGGCUCCGUCUGGAUCAUGUAUCGCUCCAUCUUGCUGCGCAGGAGCUACAUUUCGUGCACACGUUAUGGGCGGCGAUGCGAUCGUCUGCAAGAACCGAUGCAGUUUAAAGACGCUAUCGUGUUUGUUCAAGAGAGCAUGCGGCUAUCAGCGCACGGGGCUAGGAACUAUCACCGUGUUGUACUGAUUUAUUUACUAGUCGAAGGACUGAUGAGCGACUUGUUCAUGUUGAUCGCGCAAGACGGACUUCUUGCAAAAGUGCAGUACAUUUCUCUUGGGUACAACUUGUCAGGAGUAUUGUCGAUGCUGUUCGAGAUGGUGGAGACUAUGAACUGGAUGAGGGAAACCGUGCGCUGUCUGAUUAAACGCUUGCUGUUCAACUACGAGACAGCUUUGCUCGGGGAGUUGGCUUGCUCGGCUGCGAUGCAGUUCUAUCUCACAGGACUUAAUAAGUCUAGCCUCCAAGAAUCGAAACCAGUUGCCGAUGCGGUGUCAUAUUAUGUGUGGAGCCUCGUCGGGCAUGGCAUUAUCGUGCUUGGAAUCGUGUUCGUGAUCACUUCCAUCCGGUCAAUAGGAGCUAUCAUUAGUGUGCGAUGGACCUUUGGUUCUUUCUUACUGUUGUGGACACCCUGCUGUGUUGAUACGGCUAUAGGACAACGGUGCAAGAUGAUUCUGCUAAGUGGUUAUGUAUGGGAAGACGAUAGACUCUGUUACAAGGCUGAAACGCUCAAAUCUUUUGGAAUAUUGAAAAUGGUGGAAGAGGACAGUACACAAUUCAUAGUACUCCCCAGACUGCGUUGGCUUUCGAUUUCUCAGGGUGACUUGAUGGUGAUCGGAGAGAUCCACGGGAAUAACGUGACGCGUUGCGACGUGCGACCGUGCACGGGUAUGGUGAGCAUGAUUGGUAAAACGUUAGGGGGUGCUCCAGGAGAAGAUACAGUAAGUUGCCCCACUCGGGUAGCUAUAAAGCAGCGCGUGCCCGUUGAACCAACGCAAACUUAA